AGUUGCAGGAAGUAGCGGUGCUGCCGCUAGACUCUUGUCUUAGGCUUGCCGUGCUUUCGUACGUUGGCGUGUUGGUGGGGCGGGAGGGCGGAGGGUGAAGUUGACAGAUAGCCAAUGGCCGCCGCGGAUGACGCGUUCGCUGCUUCGCGAUUAUAAGUGUGCGUUACGUUUCGGGAUGGCAAACUGGACGGUUUUUUUUUUACCCCGAAGUGACGAGCCUUCAGAAUCGGCGAGAGCGUUGACUUGCGUCCUACAGAACUGGGUGCAGUUGGUGCUACAUCAGUGUGCUUGCUGCCCUGGCAAGCAAACACCCGGAAGAAGAAAACUUCUAGAUGCCACGGAAUCGAAAGAUUUCGCCCCUCGCCGAGAUUGUGCAGAGCCGUCGUCAUGUUCGGGACGAAGUUGUGCUUGAUGCUUCUCUGCUGCGCCGCGAUGGUGGUCUACGAGGUCGAAGGCACCGGAAACCCGUACUGCAACCUGCCCAUGGAGGUCGGACCGUGCAGUGACUUCACGCCGAGGUACUACUACAACACCGACACGCAGCGCUGCGAGGAGUUCAUGUUCGGCGGCUGCGAGGGGAACUACAACAACUUCGAGCUCUUGUUCGAGUGCCAGGCCCAGUGCGAGGGCAACUAGAACAACAGAACCACGCUACACACUUGGAGAAACCUGCGACUCAAACAAAAUUCGUGGCCCCGGAUACUACCCGCUUAUUGGCCAACGUGGGAACUGUCUAACCAGAUUCUUGGCGCAUGCACGUUGUUGAGGUUAUGAAACACAGUAACGUACGGUUUAAAUGCCCCAACUGUAUGAUAUUUUCCGGAUUAAUGCCUAAAAAACAAGUUUUAGAUAUAAAAAUGCAAGUUAACAGAUUAUUUGACUUUGUGUUAACGAACUCCACACCAACACAUCACUUGCUUCAUCAUCGGGGUGAGUUGUUAACACUUGCUGACUGGCCUUUGAAAGUGAAAAUAAACACUUAAAAGUGUGUAUUAUUAAUUUGAAAUAAAUUAUUCAUAAUAGAAAAAGUAUUCAAUUAGAUUUUUUUAUAAAUCAUACCUGUAAAGUUUUACCAUUCGCAACAAAAAAAAGAUAUGCUUUUUGAAUGAUUCUUGCAAAAGGGAAGAUUGACUUAAAUUGUGUGUUUGUUUUGUUUAGGACAUACACCUUUUAUGCUAACACCGUAUAUAUUAGUAAAACCUCAUUAAUGCACGGUGUUACCUUCAAUGGAGUAUGUUCAGAAAAAAAGAUUUUAAACAAAAAAAUAUAUAUAUUUUAUACGAAAUGUUUGAUAAUCAGUCCUGGUCCAGCCAACUUCACCAAAACAUAAAUUGACAUUUGAUUUACUUAGCAAAAGCUUGAGAGUCCGUUUUAUUAAAAAAUUAUGAACAAAAUCACUUAUAAUAAUUGUUCACGCCUGCGGUACAUGACAGUUCUGCUGGCGCGGCUCAGCCAGAGAUGGAGCUAGGCGCAGAUGAUACGUGUUUCUGUGGAUCAUGAGUGAAGCCAUGAGCUACGAGCGAAGAUGUGAGUGAGCUACAUAAGGUCUCGUUGCACUGCUCAGCCCAUAAGCUCAUGAGAAUAAAAAAAAAUUAAUUAACCAAA